GGCAAUUUCGAUGACAUAUCCUCUCUCAAGGUUGCGGUCAGAGGCGCCACUGCCGUGUUUCUUAAUGUAUUGCCGGUGCUUCCCGACACCCAACAGGAGGUGGUUCACGCGAAGAAUAUCAUCGACACUGCUAUUGAAUCUGGAACUGUCACCAGCAUAGUUUAUUCCAGCGUCACCAUGACAGGAAAGCACGAGGGUUUCCCAAACUGGGGACCUGACUACCCCUUAGCGUGGUACUGGCUAAACAAAGCCCAAAUCGAGUCAAUGGUGCGAGGAUCUGGCGUCAAAUACUGGACGAUUCUGCGACCUGCAUUUCUCAUGAACAAUUAUCACCAGCCGACGGCAUCUUUCAUGUUUCCUGACUUGGUUCAGAGACGUGUUUUUCUGACGGCAUACAAACCCGACACUGCGAUGACGGUGGUUAAUCCUAACGACGUUGGCAAGUUUGCGGCGGCUUCGAUUAUUCAACCUCUGGCAUUCAACAAGCACGAAAUAGACUUGGGCGUCGAGUUUCUUACACCAGCGCAGAUUGUGCAAGAGCUGAGCCGAGUCAGCGGAGAGGGCAUUGGGCUCGAGUUCUAUAGUGAGCAGGAAGCGAAAGACCUUGCAUCGAGAAACCCCAAGAUCUAUGCCGAAUUGUGGGCGAAUGAAGUUGGGUAUCAAGUCGACUUUAAGGAAUUGGAGAAAUACCCGAUCCGGCUAACCAAAUUCUCGGACUAUCUUGAGGAGCAUCGGGAGGAGGUCCUACAGACGUUUAGAUGAACGUGCCCCCUUAACUAUAUUCAUCUCUAUAUUGACGAC